GAGCUCCCAACGCGACUCACUCUACGCGAACGGCACGCGACCUUUGUUGUUGCAUCACACGGCGGGCUGGCACACCACACCAUCUCAUUGCAUGAACGGCAUUGAGCGUAAUCCCAUGUCAGAGAUCGCUGGUUCGCGGCCUCAUCUCAGAUUUAUUUUCACAACUCAGUUGCCGCCCACCAGCCCGGACUCGCCACCCCUGUCGUGACUGACCCGGCUGGCCACUUACACACAGGGCACGGCACGGCUUGAACUGUGAUUCCGAGUUGCCUCUCUGCAGCCCUGUCUCGCCCUCUCUCUCGCUCGCCCUCCCUCAGAGAGAGCUCGAGAUGCAGCACUCCCAGCUGAGCCCUCUGCCAUCCGACCUCCCCUUCAGGGUUGUGUCCAAGACCAUUGGCAGAGGGGCAUAUGCAUCGAUCAGGAAGGCCGUUCCUCUCGAGGCACCAACACCAGUCUUCGCCGUCAAGUUCAUACAUAAGGACUACGCAAUCAAAAAUGGCCGCAUCUCAGCUAAGCAGAUCGCCAUGGAGGUCUCACUCCAUUCCCACAUUGGACAGCACCCAAACGUCAUCGAGUGGUUCGCCACUGGCGAAGACGCCGUGUGGAGGUGGAUUGCCAUGGAGUUCGCUGACGGCGGAGACCUGUUCGACAAGAUCGAGGCCGACAAGGGUGUGUCCGGGGACAUCGCCCACGUCUACUUCCUGCAGCUCAUCAGUGGGGUCAGCUUCAUGCACUCCAAGGGCAUCGCGCAUCGCGAUUUGAAACCGGAGAACAUACUCCUCUCCGACACUGGCAACCUGAAGCUUGCGGAUUUCGGCAUGGCCACCCUCUUCCAGUACAAAGGCAAGACAAAGGAGAGCUCCACCAUGUGUGGCAGCCCGCCGUACAUUGCUCCCGAGGUGCUCCGCUGUUCGUCUGGAGACAAGUCUAUGAAGUAUCGCGCCGACUUGGUCGACAUAUGGUCAUGCGGGGUCAUAUUAUUCGUGCUUCUGGUCGGGAACACGCCUUGGGAGGAGCCGACUGAGAAGAAGUGGGAAUGGCGCGAGUACAUCCGAACGAACGGCCGAAGCACAGAUGAGUUGUGGGAGAGAGUACCAACCGAAGCCUUGUCUCUGUUGCGGGGCAUGAUGAACAUCGAGGUCGACAAGCGCUUCACUUUCGCGCAAAUACGACAGCACCCCUGGUACACUCGACACAAUGAACUUCUCACCUCGGACGGCAGGGUCUUGGACCCCAUACAGCUGGCUACCCAGAUGCUUGCGAACCUGCGCAUCGAUCUCACUCAGCAGCCUACCCCCUCCCAAAGGGCGAACGCCGACUUGAUGGAACUAGACAGCCAGCCCACGGCCGCCGACUUCACAGCCAAGUUCUCUGCGACACAGCCAGAGACACCAAUUAACGAUGUGGCAUUUGACUGGGAGAGGCCUGCCAUGAGGUCCAUCAACGGAGCCAUCUCAGCGACCCAGCCUGCCAGUGGUGUUAAUCUCUCCACUGACAGACCAAGCCACAACCUCGACGUGUUGGCAGACGAACCGACCAUGAGCCAGUUCAGUCAGGCACCUGGAGUCCCUUUCAGCUUGACCCAACGUGCGCGCCGAUUCAGAGACAUUGUGCCUUCCUACUCGCUCACGCGCUUCUAUUCUCAUGUGCCGGCCCAGCUGCUAGUGCAGAUGCUGAGUGACGCCUUGCACCAGCUCAACGUCCCGCUGCAGCCUCCAGCGCUUAAUCUGCACUCUAGAGAUCAUAUAACUACUCUGAAGGUAAAGACGGUGGACGGGAGGAACCAGAGCCUGCACGGCGAAAUCAUGGUGGACAUGUUCAUGAUACCCGACGGCUCGGGUGCAGAGCUGCUCGAGGUGCGGUUCGUCAAGAUCAAGGGCGACCCGCUCGAGUGGAGGCGGCUAUUCAAGAAGAUUGCGCUGCUGUGUAAAGAUGGCAUAUAUAAGAACGAGUAGACUUUGUAUAUAUUCUGACGUUUUCAGGUUUUGUAUUAGAACUGACAGCAUAGGAAAGCUUAGAACCGGAAGGAUACGGCGAGGCAGAAAGAAGGAAUGGCAUGAUACGAUGAUGAGCAAAGAAUGAUAACCUAAUGUAUGAUAUAAUAUAAGAUACAGCUCUUGUCAGCGUUAUAGAACAUGCAUAAUUGAUGGAUCUUAUUUAUUGUUUGUUGUAUUAAUGAGCAACUUAAAUGGAAUGCUGGACCUUGGUUU